GCCAAUCAGUGCUCGUGACGUUGCCGAAACGAUGAAAAGGCGGAUCCUAUUCUGAACAGCGGCUGACUGAAAGUGGCCGGGCUCUAAAGCGCUGACUGAAGAAUGAGACAGCACUUCAGCGGCAGAUGGCUAGUGGACAGCUGUCGAGGGCGGAGGCGCUGGCGUGCUCUGGCUUCAGGCAUGCGUGCCAUGUGAUGCUCUACUCUGACACGAAAACUCAGCUGUUUGGGAGAAUUCCCAUCAGACAUGUCAUACUGAUGCAGAUGCGCUUUGACGGUCUGCUGGGUUUCCCUGGCGGGCUUGUUAACCCAUCUAAGGAGACUCUCGAGGAAGGACUUAGCAGGGAAUUGUUAGAGGAGCUGGGUGUGGCUCUUCCUAUAUCGGUAGAAGAUCAUGUAGACUCCUGCUAUGCCCCUGCUUCACCCUCUUCUUCCUCCUCCUCCUCCUCCUCCUCCUCUUCUUCCUCCCGUCUUAUCACUCACUUUUAUGUGAAGAAGAUGGAAGAGGAGCAGAUUAGGGAGGUGGAGAAAGCGGCUGCAUCAUCUGCAACAGAUCAUGGACAGGAGGUUCUAGGAAUGGUCCGAGUCCCGCUCUACACCAUGAAAGGCGGGGGAGGCCUUGCGCCCUUCCUGUCGCACUGCUUCAUCGGUAACGCUCGCUCCCAGCUGGUCGACUCUCUGCUGCGCUUCAACCUGGUCGCCCCUGAGGAGUUGCACAAAGCCCUCACACACUCUCUGACGACACACACACACACGGCAGAGGACCUGAAAGCAGCCCUCGAGUUGACAGAGGCAAGGAGGAAACAGCGAUGAAACACACAUGCGCAUGCAACAGCACAUCCUCUCAGGCAUGCUCAUAGAUACAGUUAGGCCUUCAUCAGUGUUUACCCACACAUUUUGUAUUUCAUCCAAAAAUUAAGAUUAUUAAGAUUAGUCAUUAUCUACUCCCCACAUGCAGAUGGGAAUACACUUGAGUUUUUGUUGUCCACAAAACAUUUCUGGAGCUUCACAGUAAAACAGAGUUGCAACAUUCUCCUAAACAACUGAAGUAGGGACUUGUUUGAAAAUGGUAAAAAAUACAUACUUCAUACAGCUCUAUCAGUAUAAUUCAAGUCUCCAGAAGUCCUGAGAACCCAAAACGAUUUGAAAAGAUGUGAUUUAUACCCUUUUUUUUACACCAAAAUCUGUAUAGUAGCUAAAUGGGUUAGCACAGACCCCGUCUAAAGUAGGUGCACGAGCUUGAUCACACAUCGAGGAUGCAAUUUAGGAUUUCAGGGCUUCGAGAGACCUGAAUUGCACCAAAUGAUCUGUAUGGAGUCAAUUCAUGUUUUUUCUUUUUUUUUUCUGGUGUUUAGUCCCCAUCUUCUUCAUAUUAGGAGAAUGUUGUAAAGUUGUUUUGCUGUGAAGCUCCAGAAAUGUUUUGAGGACUUUGAAAUGUCUCGCAACUUUCCAUCAGCUUGAAGGUGAGUAGAUGAUGACUGAAGUUUUAUAUUUGAGUGAGCUUAACACACACACGCACAGUGCCACGCUGGUUUUUAGUUGGUGACUCAUUAUUGCCUACUGUGCAUCAAAUGGGGAAAUAGGACAAAAUUAUCAGCUGCUUUGCCAUUAAUGGAAAUAAAUGCCUUUACACUUUCUAUCAUA